CAUAAACCGCUGGUUCCGGACCCUGACUCUCUGCAGCUGCUCCAAGCAGAAAAAAUCUGCUUGCACUCACUGGGGAGGGAAAGGUUUCUCAGCAAGCCCUUCCUUAGUUCUGGGUCUUGUUUGUUAAACUACCCUCCUCCUCGACGACCGCCCCCUCAUCACCACCACUUUCAUUUCAGGAAGGAAAUAGUUAAAAAGACUCCAGCCCUUCAGGGCCUGGGAGGGGGCGGCCGCCUAGUGCUUAUAGUGGCUGCAUCCCUGGAGGGCUGGAAGGCUGGGACUUUCUCGCCGCCCUUGAGUGGACUAGAUCUGGGAGCUUUGCGAGGAGAAGUGGAGGACAGACGCGAGGCGCGUUCCUUCGGAGUUUUCUUUUUCUCGCGAACCCUCGCGCGCGCACACACAGCCAGCCCUUUGGUCUGGCGAUUGCGGACCAGAGGUGGAGAAGCUCCAUCCCCCCAAGUAGCUGAAGCCUGGCGGCUCGGGGAGGACCUCCCCAGAGAAGCUGUGCCCAGGAAGUUUUCCGAAGCGGAGGCAACGGUGCAACCGGGGCCGCCGCCGCGCCGGAUCCCGGGACACUCGCUAUUCACCCUCGCCUGUUCGGCUUCAACUCGCCCGGGCGCCGCACACGGACCGCGCAGCCGUCUGAGCCCGCGGAGCUCCACGGUGGAGAAAGGAAGGAAAAAAAAAAAAAAAGAGGGUGUCAAAUCAACAGAUUAAGUGACAUUUCCUGAAAUUUGCAUCGAGAUGGAAACCUUUUUGCUCAGGGUGUCCUUCUGGGUGGCGCUGGUCGGAGGUGUCAUCAGUGAUAACGCUGAAAGCUACAGCACAAACCUAAGCAUCCGUGUGGACAGUGUCACCACUUUCCAUGGGACAGAACUCAGCUUCGUGGUUACCACACAUCAACCCACGAAUUUGGCCCUCCCCAGCAAUGGCUCAGUGCACAACUAUUGCCCACAACAGACUAAGAUUACUUCAGCUUUCAAGUACAUUAACACUGUGAUAUCAUGUACUAUUUUCAUCGUGGGAAUGGUGGGGAAUGCAACCCUGCUCAGGAUCAUUUACCAGAACAAGUGCAUGCGGAAUGGCCCCAACGCGCUGAUAGCCAGCCUUGCCCUUGGAGACCUUAUCUAUGUGGUCAUUGAUCUCCCUAUCAAUGUAUUUAAGCUGCUGGCUGGGCGCUGGCCUUUUGAACAAAAUGACUUUGGCGUUUUCCUCUGCAAGUUGUUCCCCUUUUUGCAGAAGUCCUCAGUGGGGAUCACCGUCCUUAAUCUCUGCGCACUAAGCGUUGACAGGUACAGAGCAGUUGCCUCCUGGAGUCGUGUUCAGGGAAUUGGGAUUCCCUUGGUCACAGCCAUUGAGAUUGUCUCCAUCUGGAUCCUUUCUUUUAUCUUGGCCAUCCCUGAAGCCAUCGGCUUUGUCAUGGUACCUUUUGAAUACAAGGGUGCACAGCACAGAACCUGUAUGCUCAAUGCCACGUCAAAAUUCAUGGAGUUCUAUCAAGAUGUUAAGGACUGGUGGCUAUUUGGGUUCUACUUCUGCAUGCCCCUGGUGUGCACCGCGAUCUUCUACACCCUCAUGACUUGUGAGAUGUUAAACCGAAGGAACGGCAGCCUGAGAAUUGCCCUCAGUGAGCAUCUGAAACAGCGUCGAGAAGUGGCAAAAACAGUUUUCUGCUUGGUUGUAAUUUUUGCUCUGUGCUGGUUCCCUCUUCAUUUAAGCCGCAUUUUGAAAAAAACCGUGUAUGAUGAAAUGGACACGAACCGGUGUGAAUUACUUAGUUUCUUGCUGCUCAUGGAUUACAUCGGUAUUAACUUGGCAACCAUGAAUUCAUGUAUCAACCCAAUAGCUCUAUAUUUUGUGAGCAAGAAAUUUAAAAAUUGUUUCCAGUCUUGCCUCUGCUGCUGCUGUUACCAGUCCAAGAGCCUGAUGACCUCGGUGCCCAUGAAUGGCACCAGCAUCCAGUGGAAGAACCCUGAACAAAACAACCAUAACACAGAGAGGAGCAGCCACAAGGACAGUAUCAACUAAACUGAAGGAACAGUCAUCAGUGUGCUUCAAGCCCGACUGGAGGAAAAAAAUCAACACAGCAACUGUGUCUCCAGGAAUCUGUUCCAUCCUUCUCUUACGACUCAGCCCCACCCCCUGGAAAAAUGUUUUCCCAAACGUUGAAGGGUUGACUGGUUUAUACCCACAAAUUCAAUGAAUCUUACUUCUUUUAUUUAUCUGAUUUACCUAUUCUGCAUGUUAUAUUCAGCCCUAAAAAAUGGUGGGAGUUGGCAGGGGGAGUGGAGAUGGUUCAGUUAAACCAGAAGGAUAUUUACUACCUUUGCAUGAAAAUAGAUUUUUUUUUUCGAGUACAUGGCAAAUGUUCAUGGUGGUUCUGUAGAAUGUUCAAUAAGAGCAGUCACCGUGAAAAAGUUAUAGAGAUUGUAACAAUAUUUUCUAUUUUUUUUUAAGUAAUUUUGUUUUUUUGGCCAAACACAGUAUGGGUUGAAGUCUCCUUUAUUUGAAAUGUCAUUCAGUGCCAGUAUUUUUUAACUUCAUAGUAGCCUACAGAUGAUGAUUUGAGCUCAUUUACACAUAUUUUUGCCCCCCCAAAACAAAUAAAAUGGAAUUCAGGUGAGAAGUUAGGUUAGUGUUUCUCAUGUCACUGGCUUAUUUUUUAAAACAUAAAUUCUCAAGCUUCAGGAGCUUACAGGACUUUAAAGCACAGACUGAUAUCCAUAUAUGGCAGUUUAAUAGCUGCUAUGCAAACUUUUUAAGAACCUAUAUUUUCUUUUUUAAUGUGGUUUCAUUUUAGGAGAUCUUGUGCCUAUUCUGUUAAAUUGAAAAAUAAUGCUUGAGUCAAACAGUUCUGUUUUUCACAAGCCUAGUUUUUUAAUGGAAGAAUUUUAUGUAAAAUCAAAAUACCAUUUACUGAAAUUUAAAUGUAUGUAUCAUUUAACUAUGCCCAAGACUUUCAGUGAAAUGCAUAGAAGUCCAGAACAAAGCAAGAAAGAAAGGAUUGCAUAUUUUUAGAAAAUUUGGAAAUUCUCAUUGAGGUUUAUUUUUGGUAAUAGUAACAUGUAUAUGUGUGUGCAAAUAUACACAUAGGUAUCAUGUAUGUAUAUACAUGCAUAUACAUAUAUACAUGUAUGUAUAUAUUCCUUUGCUUGCUUUUAAAAUGUUAACUGGCAGUGAGACUUUUUUGCUCAUUCCUUUUCCGCAUAGGAAUAUGGAAAACAUAAUUUCAAAGUGGCCAGCUGAGUUUAUUGUGUCAAUGAAAUAUAAUUACUCCCAGAUGCCGCCGUGAACUUAAGGUUCUUCAUGUCCCUGGGUUUUCAGUAUGAACCUAAAUGCCUUCCCUACCAACACUCCUCACACGGUCCCCAUUUCAAAAGGCCCACAGAGACUUCUGCUGGGCGUUUUCCACGAUGUUUACAAACUGUGAUUACAGCAGCAAAUCUUUUACUGUGUGUAUAUAAAUAUAUGUGUAUAUAAACAACCAUAAAUUUCUUUUAGCCAA